CCGUAUUUGACAAAGUCCUGCCCAUCCUGCUAGAUCUCUCUAGAAACUUCCACGCUGAAAAGCAGCUAUAAGGACCAGACCAGGCGGUGGCUUUUCUAGAAACCGGCUUCAGUUGUCACUGACACGACACCAAUCUUGGAGAGGACUUUAAGACCAAGACUGGCAACAUGGUUCGCGAAACUGGCUACUACGACCUUCUUGGUGUCGACCCCAAAGCUUCUUCCGACGAAAUAAAGAAAGCCUACAGAAAAUUAGCGUUGAAAUAUCACCCGGACAAGAACCCCAAUGAAGGAGAGAAGUUCAAACUCAUAUCCCAAGCAUACGAUGUUCUUUCGGAUAGCAAAAAGCGAGAUCUGUAUGACCAAGGCGGAGAGCAAGCCAUUAAAGAAGGCGGCAUGGGCGGAGGCUCGUCCCCCAUGGACAUUUUCAACAUGUUCUUUGGAGGUGGAGGAAGGAUGCAGAGAGAGAGGCGAGGAAAGAACAUUGUCCACCAGCUGAGUGUUGCGCUGGAGGACAUGUACAAUGGCACUACAAGGAAGCUGGCACUUCAGAAGAAUGUUAUAUGUGAAAAGUGUGAAGGUUACGGUGGUAAGAAAGGCUCCUUGGAAAAAUGCUCCAGCUGUAAAGGAAGAGGAGUGCAGAUCAAAGUACAGCAGAUUGGACCAGGCAUGAUUCAGCAGAUACAAAGCAUGUGUGGAGAUUGCCAAGGCCAGGGGGAGUCGUUCAGCGCAAAAGACCGUUGCAAAAACUGCAAUGGACACAAAGUGGAACGCAAGAAGAAAAUUCUUGAAGUCCAUAUUGACAAAGGUAUGAGAGACGGUCAGAAAAUUACAUUUCACGGAGAAGGCGACCAAGAACCUGACCUAGAGCCUGGUGAUGUCAUCAUUGUGCUGGACCAGAAGGAGCACAGCGUUUUCAAACGAAUUGAUGACAACCUCACUAUGACCAUGAACAUCAAACUAGUAGAAGCCCUGUGCGGUUUCAAAAAGACCAUCAAUACCCUGGAUGACAGAACACUCCUUAUCAGCUCCCAACCAGGUGAAGUUAUAAAGAACAAUGACAUGAAGGUGAUACAGAGUGAAGGCAUGCCGGUUUACCGUAGCCCUUAUGAAAAGGGGCAACUAUUCAUCCAAUUCCAGGUGGAGUUCCCGGAGAAGCACUGGCUUCCAGAGCAUCUUAUGUUCCAGCUUGAAAGGUUGCUUCCCCCCAGGGAGGACGUGUUAAUCAUUGACGACAUGGAGGAAGUAGAGCUCUGUGAGGUAGAUGAGCGGGCAAAGCAGCAAAACUACGGUGGGGAAGCUUACGAUGAAGAUAUGGAAGGUCCUAGAGGUGGUGUGCAGUGUCAGACGCAGUAAUGGUGGACUGCCAAACACCGGACAUGCUGAGGCUUUUUUUUCACCGUGUUUCAACUGGUGGUGAUCGAGUACCCAGCCCUUGUUUUUGUUUGUUCCAAGAACCACUGAGAUGGACACAUAACUUGAUAGCCAAGUGGUGCAGUUCAGUAAAAAAAUGAAAAGAUUGGGCUUUAUGUUUCAAACAGUUCAUUCCACGGGAGAUAAUGUCAUACUAGUUAGCAUUUUAUGGCCUACUGCCGCUGACCUGCGAUUUGUCGUUUGAACCAUUACGAGGAGAAAUACAAUGUUUUAUGCUUUUCAAUGAGUCUGUACAGUGUAUACAGACUGUAAUACUGCAAAUUUGUGAAGCUCUUUGGAAUUUUGUGUAUUUUUUGUAGUUGGUGCAAUUUGAAUAAGAUGUCCUACAUUGAUUACAACCCAACGGUCACAAUAAUAACCAAAAAAGCAAAGAAUAUUGAUUACUUAAAGGGGCUAUUAAUGACACUUAGUAUGGAUGUUUAAAUUGGGAAAAAACUUGAAUAAAAUUGGUUUAUAUAUAAUUUUAUAAAUAUCCUGUGGUUUUUAAAGGGAAAAUACUCUGUCGCCAAUUCACGCAAACAUGGCAAACAGGCUUUCUCAUGAACACACUUGCCAUUAUUUUAGUUCCAGUUUUAGAACAUAGCUAAAGUGUACUGUAUAUUGGAUCGAUCAGGCCGGUGAUUGUGUUAUGUUCCAUCACACAGCUUUGUGUGGAGCUGGCAAAAAAAAAAUCUUCAUCUUAUUUGUCACCCAAUUAACACCUUCCUUACUUCAGAACCACAUGCCCUAUCAGGCUACCACAGCAGUUUGGAUUAUUUGAUUACCGAUGAGAAUCCUUCCUUCUACAGGCAACAUGAUUCAUAAAUGAAAAUUCAAAUUGCACAUCUUUAGUGCAAGUUUUUACUGUAGAAUUUUAAAUGAACAUCUAAUGCCGUACAUUAAACCAGAAUCCCCAAAUUCUGUUAAAACGUGACUUAGUGCAUACUAAGGGGUAGCUUGAGAUUAUAAAAAUGUUUGCAUUUCAUGCCAUAUUUUGAUAUUAAGAAACUGCCAACAGGUGAGUUUCCCACCUUUAACAUACUGAACUGUACCGCUUGGCAAAAACAGUGCUUUUAUUUAACAUUAUUCAAAUAUGGUUAUGCAAGGUUUUGUGUUUCUAUUAUAAAAACAAUAUGUACCUGUUGCCGGUGCUUUCUGUGUCACAAUUUCACGGACUAUUGUUCAGAAGUUAAUAGGACUACUUGUAUGCUUUCUGUGAAGGUCAUUUCAACGAUGGCAAAAUAAAGGAUUUAUCAAUAAAA